UCAUUACUGUGCGACUAUAGCGGAAGAGACGUGGCAAAAAAAAAUCCUUUCCGGAAGAAAAUGUUUGUCAAAUAUGAAGCUAAAUAACUAGGCUGGAACACUUUGCGAUACAGUAGAGAGAAGAUUGACUUGUGGUGACUCUUUGAAUUCCCUUUUGACAGGCAGGCCAUGGGUCUGUGCAAGUGUCCGAAGAGGAAGGUGACGAACCUGUUCUGCUUCGAGCAUCGGGUCAAUGUGUGUGAACACUGCCUGGUGUCCAAUCACGGCAAGUGUAUUGUGCAAUCCUACCUGCAGUGGCUCCAGGACAGCGAUUACAAUCCUAACUGCAGUCUGUGUAAUCAGCCUCUAAUCUCCCAGGACACUGUGAGAUUAGUGUGCUAUGAUCUGUUCCACUGGUCCUGCCUGAAUGAACUGGCAUCACGCCUGCCCCUGUACACGGCACCAGCAGGUUAUCAGUGCCCAACAUGUCAGGGACCUGUUUUCCCCCCCGCCAACCUCGCCAGCCCUGUGGCCGACAUGCUGAGAACGCAACUGUCCUCCGUGAACUGGGCACGAGCCGGACUCGGCCUUCCACUGGUCGAAGACCAGCCUGAGGUUGAAGAGACCACAUCACACGAUGUGACCGAUUAUACAGACUGGACCUUUGACGCGCCGCCUUCUGAAUCGUCCGUUUCUGCCCCGUCACACUCUUAUGCCCCAGAGCCAGCAGUCACUCCGGCAUGUUCCCAUCAGGACUUGGGGCACAGCCACAGCGUACACAAUAACGGAGGAUUGGGGGUACAGGAGCACUCGGUCAUCAGCAUGAUCACAGCCACUGCACCGGACACUAUCGUCAUCAGCAAAGCUUCUUCACCUAGGAAGGUGUACGACACACGAGAAUCAGGCCGCACUUCAGACACCCAGAUCGACUUCGAUGAUGAUAAGUACCGGCGGAGGCCAGCGCUCAGCUGGUUUGCACAGAUCCUAAAGAACCGCUUGGGCCCUAAGAGAAGGACAUUCACACUAAAGCAGAGGAUCUUCAUGCUCCUGCUCCUGGGAGUGAUCGGCUUCUUUACCCUCAUCAUCAUCAUGGCCAAGCUAGGCCGGGCUUCCGCUGACGAAGACCCCAACCUGAACCCCAUGUUCAACCCCAAUAUCCGAGUGGGCAACAUGUGAACAGAGUGCAGCUCCUGUAGAAGAAAACGAGCAGGAAGUGCAGUGCGACUGUCCUGAAAGCCGGGACCAAUGCGUAAAACGCCUGUUAUCAUCGUAGGAACGAUGAUAAUCCAGUCACUUUAUCUUCCUGUUGAUAAGAAGUCUCCUCUUUAAUUUGACCAGUUGCAAAAUCCUUCAAUUUGCAACAAAGUUGUCUUUUUGAAAUUAACAUCUGGAAGGCGCUCUGAAUAUUAGACCGUAUUUAACACUUUGCAGUGCGUUCAUGUCUGUGUGAGCGCAUUAAUCGGUUGUGUGUGUGUGUGUGUGUAUUUUUGGUGGGACGGAGAGAGCGAGCAUUCUGAGAAAGCAAUAUGUCUAAUUUCUAUACUUUGUUGUAAAAAAAGAUUAGAAUUUAAGUAUUUGCAGUUCCAAUUCCAUGGUAUCGGAUACCAAAGCUGCCCUUUGCAGCUCCAAAUAGAAAUGAGUGAGACUUUUCAGUGGUGUUUGUGUGUGUGUGUGUGUGUGCGCGUGCGUGCAUGCAUGCAAUCAUUAAUAUGGUUCCUGCCAUAUUUUUGAAUGAAGUGUGUGUGUUAAAAUGGCACAGAGCCAUUUUCUGACUAAAUAACCUGGUUAACCAUUGUCCAAUCUGUCAACGUGUUCAAUCUGUAUAUUCCAAAAUAUAUUGUUUAUUCUGUAAAUCUGAAUACAGUCCUGGUCAGAGCUGGUCUUUAAACUCAAGAUCAUCUUUUUGGUUUUUUUUUUUUCCUCUUUGAAAUUUGUUUGUAUAUCUGAUCACGCUUUACAUGAAGUUUCUUUUAACACGUCAGAAGAAAACAUGACAGUUGUAUACAGUCAGCACGUUUGCCUCGCACGUCCUGUGUGCCCGGAUUUCGCAUGUUCUCCCUGUGCUUCGGGGGUUUCCUCCAGGUACUCCGGUUUCCUCCGCCAGUCCAAAGACAUUCAUUGUAGGCUGACUGGCAUUUAUGAAUUGUCCGUAGUCUGUUAAUGGGUGUGAUUGUGCCCGGCGAUGGGUUGGCACCCUGUCCAGGAUGUCCCCUGCCUCGUGCCCUGAGUUCCCUGGGAUAGACUCCAGGCUCCCCGUGAUCCUGUGUAGGAUAAGCGGUAUGGAAAAUGAAUGGAUGUAUACAGUCAAUUGAUGUUAAAGCUAAAUAACGCGUGCAUUAACCAGUGUACGUAUGACGAAUGAGUAAGAUUAAAGCCCAUAAUACACAAUGUAAACUAAUAUGUUUGCAGUUGUUAACUAAAAAUGUAUAUACGUUCAGUAGUAUUAGGAGGAUGCUGUAAUUUAAUUUUUGAUCAUUUCUGUGGAAUCGAUUAAAACGGUCAAUGCAGGUA